GGCACAAUCUGAGAGACUCAUCCCAGCGAACCGGAGCCUUCUCCCGCUGACACACUGAGAAAUAACCGCUCCAGAAGACUUCACACUUGUAAAGUUAAGACCACUUGAGGAGGCAUGGCCCGAUCCCUUGGACUACUCGUUCUCCUAUCUGCUCUCUGCUGCAGCCUAGCGGACAAUGUGGAGCUGCUCCGCUCUAAGAGAGGGACUCGUUUUUACAGAGGUGAGCCUGACAGGCAGUCGGCCAGACGGACGCUUUUGAUUAUUCAUGUCCAGAAGUCACCUUCCUUUGACACCUCCUUGCAUUGUGUGGAUAGUGAGACAUCAGCAGUGCGUAAUUAUGGCGAUGCUUGGCUGCGAUGGAGGGGACGGCGUGUGGAGUAUUGCCGUUGUGCAGUGAGAGGACAAGAGCGUUGUCAUAUUGUGCCCGUCAUCAAUUGCUACGUGUCUCAGUGUUAUAAUGGAGGGAUGUGUAAGGAGGCUGUGUACACGUCAGAUUACAUUUGCCAGUGUCCUGCAGGCUUCAGUGGGGCUCAGUGUGAGAUCAACAACAAUGAGAAGUGUGUGAUGGGACAGGGCCAAGGGUAUCGUGGGACAUGGAGUAUCAGCCACUCAGGAGCAGAGUGCAUCAACUGGAACGCCACGUCUCUGAGAGGAAAGAGGUUCACGGCGAAAAAAGUCGAUGCUGGCAGUCUUGGACUGGGCAACCACAACUUCUGCAGGAACCCAGACAAGGACAGCACUCCUUGGUGUUAUGUCUACAAAGGCACUCAGAUCGUCUGGGAGUUCUGUUCUAUGCCCAAAUGUCCAGAAGAUAAGUACCAGGAAUGUGCUUUUGAUUCCGGUCAGUCCUACAGAGGCACAGCAUCUGUCACCAAGAGCGGCUCUCCCUGUCUCCCAUGGGACUCUCCUGCUGUCAAGCGCAAGUUCAACAACGCCUGGCGGUCGGAUGCGCUGCAGCUUGGCCUCGGCAGCCACAACUUCUGCAGGAAUCCAGACCGUGAUGAUGGUCCAUGGUGUCACACCUAUAAGGACAUGAAGCUGACCUGGGAGCUGUGUGAUAUUCCUAAAUGCCCAAAACGUCCCUCUAUCAUCACAACUCUCGGUCCACGUGCCCCGACCAGGAAUAACAACAGAGCAACAUGUGGUCAGCGUAUAGAUAACUCCCUGAACCGCCCGGCGUUCCGCAUAUUCGGGGGCAGAGGGUCAGACAUCACAGAGCAGCCGUGGCAGGCUGCCAUCAACAUCUAUAAACCCCGUAGCAGACAGCACCUUCACAGAUGUGGAGGGGUCCUCAUUGACUCGUGUUGGAUUCUGUCUGCUGCGCACUGCUUCGAGGAAACUGAUAAAGCAGAAAAACUGCAAGUGGUUUUGGGAAGAACGUUUCGGAAACAGAAUUCAAGCGGUGAGCAGAUUUUCAAGGUGGAGAAGUACUGGAGCCAUGAGAAAUUUGACAACGAAACUUUUGACAAUGACAUCGCUCUCUUGAAGCUGAAGACAGACAUCGGCAUCUGUGCUGUGAACUCUCCGGAGGUUUUUCCGGUGUGUCUACCCGAGUCUGGGCUCUCGCUGCCCAACUGGACCGAGUGUGAGAUCUCAGGCUAUGGAAGAGACCAAGAAUUUGCUGCAGAGUACUCUGAGCGUGUUAAGAGAGGUUACGUUCGGCUGUGGCCCAAUGAGCGCUGCGUUCCAGAUGUGCUGUCUGGACGCACCGUUACCUCCAACAUGUUGUGUGCAGGUGACACCCGAGGCCUCGACGAUGCCUGCAAGGGAGACUCUGGUGGGCCGCUCGUCUGCCGGAACAAGGACAAGAUGACUCUGAUGGGUGUGAUCAGCUGGGGCGACGGGUGUGGGCAGAAGGAUAAACCCGGCGUCUACACCCGUGUCACCAAUUACAUCAGCUGGAUCAACGGAAUAAUUAAGGCAAACCCGGUCUAAAGGAAGAGGGAGUGAAAAGAUUAUGUUGUUGGAUAACUGUACCUAUGAGCACAGUGGGUACAGCAGCACAUAUGUUUAUCAGAUGGACAGUGAGGUCCACAGGACUCUCAGGACUCUGUUGAUCUAAUUCCAAACUGAUGGAGACUUUGACGCCGCAGGGUCACUACUGCAGAGAUGUUCAUUGCUGUGAUAAUAUGACAGAAUAUGUGGACAGAACAAACGUUUCCUCCUUCUGGGCCAUCUUGAUUUUUUUAUAGAAAGUGUUCAUGUGUUUUCACAGUUCUGCCUUCACCUCACCUUCACUGGAGGUUUAGGUAGUGAAUGUAACGGGAAAAAUAGGACAUUCCUCUCAUCUCUGGCUUGCUCUACGCUGGUUUAUACAAAGAAGUCACAGUGACAGACGUCAGAUCAGUAGCACUUUUAAUCCAGAAGAAUUCUCAGUCAACACAGGACAUUUACUUUGCCCAGCUCAGUAAGUCCCAUGAGGAGUGUUUUGCUUAUUUUCUAAAGGUUUUAUGCAAAGAUUGUGUCACAGACUUGUCUUCUCGAUGAGAGGUGACAUUAACUUAAUUGGGUUUAAUGCAAAAUCUUCAUGCAUUUUCUUACUUUGGGGCUUGAUGUCUUCCAUUUAAACCACACACAUAUCUGCUGGUUCAGAUUCAGCCUGUUUUGUCUCUUAACGCUCCCGACUGUCUCGUUUAGAUUUGAACAGGUGGAGGCAGUUCAGAUUUGUAUCAGAUUAUCAGAAAACUUCUCCACCUGACACGUGGGUUGAGCCCAGUGUAAAUACAACAUGUAUAUUGUCUGAUUAUUGAUUUUAUAUUGAGCACGACUGGGGACUGUUUGUUUUGGUUCCACAUUCAACUGCUUAUUGACUGCAAAGCCUAACACACUCACUUUGUUCAGUGACAGAAUCUCAAUGGCUUUAGAUGUUUGUGCUAAGUUAAUAUUUAUGUAUUUUUUAUAUUGCUUUGUAGAAAGUGUCAUCUGUUUUGUAAUGUAGCCUAAUAAUUUAUUGUCAGUUUCAUUAUAACCACUUUU